AUGGCGCGCGUCGUUAUUGUCGGUGCAGGACUCUACGGUCUCAUUGCCGCAAAGACUUAUUUACAAGUCGUGGGAGCCUACGACAGAGACACAGAUACCAAAAUCGACCUGACUGAUGUGCCCUCGUGCUUUACAGCAGCAGAACAAUUACCCUCAGGAGAUGCCGCCGAAAGUCUUCUGGUCAUGGACUCCGCAUCUGAUAUUGGAGGUACAUGGGCCGAGGAACGUUUGUAUCCGAAUUUACUGAGCCAAAAUUCCUAUGGUCUAUAUGAGUUCAGCGAUUUGGCUCUGUCAGAGGUUGUUCCAGAGGAGAAUUAUCAAGACGGCACGAAAGAUCAGUUCAUUGCAGGGUGGAAAAUCAACCGGUAUCUUCAUGCGUGGGUUGAAAAAUGGAAGCUUCGAAGACACAUUCGUUUGAACUGGAUGGUUGACGACAUAAGUCGGUUGGAGAAUAAGCAGUGGAAGCUCAACAUCACCAAAUUCACACCCACUUCGACGCAGAGAAUGACUAUCUUUUGUGACAAGUUGAUCCUCGCUACAGGGCUAACAUCAGUGCCAAAUCUGCCAGACACGAAAACCUCAUCCAAGACAGACAACCCUGUUCCAGUCAUCCACGCCAAGGAUGUUGGAAGCUGGGCUCGUGAACACUUGGGAUAUCAGCCACUGGAGGUACCGCUGCAGUCGGUCUCAAGUCAUCCACACAAUGAAUCUGGAUACCCAGAUCUAAAGUCCGUUGCAAUAUAUGGAGGUGCAAAAUCAUCCUUCGAUCUAGUGCAUUUCUUCGCUACUCUGCACCGCAACGACCCAAAGCUGCGUCUCGCUCUCAAUCAAAAGAGCCCGAUCCAGGUACAUUGGAUUAUUCGCGAUCGAGGUGCAGGUCCUUCAUGGAUGGUACCCCCGACGUCAACGCUCCCAAAUGGCGACACCGUUGCAAGUGACAAGGCCGCGAGUACUAGAUUGCUCAGCCAUCUAACUCCAUGCUGCUAUGAGACUCCAAAGCGAUUCUCUUUCAAAGACUUCCGGUGGGAGGGAGGAUGGCUGGCACGGCUUUUCCAUGGAAACCCGCUGGGUCGAUGGUGGAUCAAGAUGUUUUGGCGCUCCAUUGACAAAAGCUUAGAACAAGAAGCGCAAUAUGAAUCAGAUCCGAAACUGGAGAAAAUCCGUCCGAAAAAUAGUGUUGUUUCCUGUGCCUCUGGUAUUGGUAUCGCAAAUCAAGGAGAUCUUUGGGAGGCAAUCAGAUUGCCUCAUGUGCACAUUUACCGAGCAGGAAUGUCCAGCAUUGACGUUCCAGACUCACAGGAAACCAUCGACUCGGCUGGCAAGGCCGUGGUUCAUCUGUCAGAUGGGAUUUUCAUUGACGGCGUUGAUUUGGUUGUCCACGCUACUGGCUAUAGGCCAAUAGUUCCGAUCCAGUUCAGCCCACGCAGCCUUCGACUGAAUCUUGGGUUGUCUGCUCUGGUGGAUUCAGAGUCCCAGGACUAUGGCGAAGAUCAAGCCUUAUCAACAAUGCCAGAGAUUAUUCGGGGACCUCUGAGUUCAAGUCUGAAAGAUAGCAUUGAGCAUUGGGAGAAUCUGGACCGUCACUCCGAAUUGAAAGUUCGGAGCACUUUGCAUGCGACAAACUGUGUUCUUGCAGAUCGCCGUCCUCCCUCAUGGACUGCACCUCUUAAACUAUUGCCCUACCGUCUUUAUCGCCGAAUGGUUUCCCCAGAAUUAGUUACACAGGGCGAUCGCUCAUUCGCGACACUCGGUAUACUCUUGUCGUCGACAAUUGCUGUUGUUGCCGAGGUUCAGGCACUCUGGGUGGCGGCCUUCCUCACAGGGAAAUUCGACUCAGCAGACAGUGUCAGUUCAGCAAAUGAGGAUGGGCUUUCAUUUGCAGACUUCUUGGGGAACUCGAUGGAAGAUUCAAUCUCUGAGGAUGUGGUACUCGGUGCAUUGACGGGAACUGGACUUGAAGUUGAUGCUAUUUUGGUAUUUUGUUCCUGA